CCCAUUGAGCCCCCAUGGGCCAUGGGGCAUGGGGCAAGGAGGAGCGAUCGUACUACUUAUAUACCUGCCCUAUCCCUUUUCUCCCUCUUGAGCCAAAGCAUGUUGCAUGUUCUUUUCCGCCAAAGAAGACCGCAUCCUUAACCCCUUCACCUUCUAUCCUUCAUUCUUCUCACCACUCUUAACACCACCUUGGCAUCCCUUCCCUUUGUCUUUGCCUUGUUCAGCACCCCUCCAGCACCCCACAUCCCAUCCUCUUUACCCUCGCCAUAAUGCAGCUGUACACAUCAAUACCUAAUGAUCUGCUCCUACGCCCAUUACACAUUAUCACAUUACUCCUCCUUCUACUCCUUGCAACUUUCCAAGGCACUACAGUCCAUGCCCAAGCAUUUUUCGCUCCAGCUGUCACAUACUACGCUUCAAGCGUCUUUAUCGAGGGUCAAGGACUCUAUGUCCAAGGCGGUUACGACACGCCCACCAGCAUGGUCGAUCAGACCUUCACAAUAGACCUCUCCUCUCCAUGGAACACAACCUCUCCUUCCUACCGUCAGCUCACUCGAGGAACUCUUUCUGCACAGUCAGCAAGUGCACUUUCUGCCGACAAGCGAAACUGGUUUCUCAUGACAAGCGGUAGUGGGUACCUCUACAGCUUUCAGAAUGCCGGAUGGACCGAGAUAUUCUCAAGCAUCUCGCUCAGUAAAAAACCAGGUCUCGCAGCGGCGACUAACCCCGAUACCAAUAUGGUCUACAUCCCCAAUGGAUUUGUGGAUUCCCUCGGCAGCCCAUCCAUGCUGACUGUGGAUUUGAAUAUGAACACCAUGGCUUUCAUCCCUAUGCCUGCAGGAAUGACAUCCCUAAUCGACUAUUCAGCUCUUUGGAGCACAGCUCUCAAAAGCAUGGUUUUGUUUGGAGGGAAGACAGCUGGCAACACUACAGCUAACCUGUACACAUACAGCCCCAUCACCAAUGAGUGGGCAACUCCCGCCACCAAGGGAACGAUUCCUUCAGCGCGCAGCAACGCGUGCUUCGUGCCAGCGUACAAUGGCUCAAAGCUGAUGCUGUUCGGCGGAUUAAAUCCCUUAGGGACGUCCGUUUUGGGCGACAUUUAUAUCCUAGACGUCGCGACUUUGACAUGGGCGAAAGGCACAGACAUGACCACAGUGGGAGCACGAUCCUCUGCCGCCUGCGGCGUCAGCAGCGACUACUUUCUCUCUUGGGGCGGUUCUACCUUGAACCAAGCGGUCUUCGCCAACACAACGCUGAUCUAUAACAUGAGGACCAACCAGUGGACAAACAACUUUGGAACUCUGCCUACCACUACUACGUCCAAGCCCACUGGAACUUCGACAUCGACAUCAACAUUAACAGUAACAUCAAGUUCGUCCGCGAUUCCUACACCUACUCCUGGCGAUGCUUCUCCACGCUGGCCUGUCAUUCUCGGGACCAUUAUUGCUCUCAUUAUCGCUAUCGUUGCAGUCGUUGUUGCAAUCCGAUAUCGGGAUCGAUUUAGACGCAGCAAGAAUCCUACCGACGACUUAAACGAAAGCGGACCGCAUGACAGCAAGGAUACCGCCAAGGACUACGACAAGGACACCGCCAAGGACACCGUCAAGGACAUUGCAGAGAAGGAAGAACAGCGCUACUCUCAUCUGCGGGGCCCUACUACGGAGGAAGAUCCAUUUGGCAUCCUCCAGCGCAACUUCUCAGGGCUGCGAGGUCCCUCUACAGCAGGAUUAGGCGCCAAAGAUGAUCGAGCUGCAUUUUCAAAGAACGGAAGCCGUCGCUAUUCUCAUUUGAGAGGUCCUUCGACAGCCGGCGUAGAAUCUCAGCACCAGGACCAGCCAGAUCGAUCAUCGGGACGGAGGGCGCCUAACGAGGGGGAUGGCCAAGUUGGAUUCCAGCGUGGUCAAUCACGCCGCGUCUCAAGGCUCAGGGCCCCAGCGAUAGGAGUCAUAGGCACAUACGUCGAAGAAGACAUAGAAGAAGGAGAAGAGGAGGAUGAGGAUGACUGGGCAGCUCAUUAUGCGAUGGAUCUGGGCGACGACGAUGGCGACUAUAUCCCACCACCACCGCCGACUCUUCCAUCUCAAUCCUCACGUUCAUCUCGAUCGGCUCUUUCGCCUCGUCGACGCAAUCCGCAGUACCCUAUGCCACCACUACCACCACCACCACCAUCUGUCCCGGAAAAUGAGCUCUCUUCAUCAUACAGAAAUAUCCGAGGCAGGACACGACGAGCUCCUGCAACAUAUGAACGCGAGUCAGUGUUUGGAUAUGUUGAUGGCACACCAACUCGAGGAUCGCCACAGGAGGUCGAUUGGGAGACGAAAUAAGACUUUCCGCAAAUAUACCCACACUUUUUUAUUUAAUCCAUCUGCAUCUAAUAAACUUAACGACUGAUAGAACAUCCAUCGAAGAUAGCCCCAGUUCUUUACUACUUCUCUAUCAGUCGCACUAAGCGCCAUUCGCAGAUACCCAUCAGUAGCGGGCAAUCGAAAAGACUAAUGGUUGCUAUCACUGCA